UUGGCAACCAUCGGAGCGUUGUAGAUGAAGACGGAGGACAGCACUAGCAAUCAGUGCAGCAUAGAGACACGAAGCUAUCCUUGACCAUUUGCAUUCUAAGUCUAUUAUCCUGGUACAUGUCGUGACAUUAAGUCAGUUGUGAAGCUCUUGCUGUUAGCGAAGGUGCUGAGUGUCGAACGUUGUCUGUAAACAAUGCCUUUUAGCUAACGUUAGCACUUAGCGGGCUAAUUAGCGUAGCUGCCAUUAUCUAACGGUUAACUGUUCGCUUCUCACAGAGGUUGCUGUUUCAAAUAUACGUUUCGCUUCUGUGGCCCAAGACGGAGCUCUCUAAUGUGUUGAUAUUGUUUUUUCUUUAACUGCUAAACGCCUGAAGAGCUUAGCCCAUUGUGUUGCCAAAACCAGCUGAUGAUUCUUCAGAUAUUUUGUUAGUAUAAACCCAGUAAUGUAUUGUUUGGAUUGCCUUCCUGUGUGGAUUAUUCUCCUUUUGCCAUCAGCAUGAGAGAAAUCACGGUGCUUGAAAAUGCCUGCAGGUGAGAGUGAAGACCGGGCAAAGACCCGGGAGAGAUUUAAUGAAGUAUUCAAGAAAUACACUGAGUCAGAGAAGAAAAAGGUUAAGAAGAAAAAGAAGGCUGAAACUCAGGAAGCCAUUGUGCUAGAAACUCUAAAAAAGAAUCUCAACCUUGACAAGGACACAGAAGAAGAUGAGACCAUCCUCCAGAACACAUACCACCCCGAACACGGCAGUCCUCGCUACACAAAGAAUAAGCGAAGAGAAAGAGAAACAGCAGAGAAAGUUAACAUCAACAACAGCAAAAACCAAGAGGAAAUUGAAACUUCAAAACCAAAGAGGAAAAGUAAGAGGGAGCUUCCCCCUCUAACUGUUUCUGAGGAUGCCACUGGCUACAAUGAGAAGGCUGUGGAUGCUUCCAAAUCUGAGAUCCCUUUGGAGCCAGAUUAUGGAGGGGAUGAAAAGGGAACGAAGCGAAAAAGUAAGAAAGGGAAAAGCAAAGGAGCUACGGAGGCCAAGAUGGAGAGUCAGGUGGAGGAUGCAGAGGACACACUGCUGCAGGAAUAUCAACAGCAGAUUGCACAGGAGGAGGAGAGGACUUCAAAGAAGACAAAAAAAAAGACAGAGGAAGAGCAUGCUGUCUCCCCAAAUGUAACGUUGAAUAAUGAUGUUGGCAAGAAGAAAAAGAAAAAGCUGAAAUCUGUCAUCUCCCAGCCAGAAAUCGAGGAACAAGAAGAAGACAGUGACAGGGAUGCUGAUGUUGAAAAUGAAACAGAAACCAAGGGGAAAAAGAAAAAGAAGAAGAAAAAACAUGUUGCAAAAGAAGAGGGUGAUGUUGAGGCAGAGGUACCCCGGAAACCAAGAUUUGAUGACAGCCUAGUGCUAGGAGUGUACAUCCACAGAACAGAUCGCCUCAAAACAGACUUACUGAUAUCACAUCCCAUGGUGAAAAUCCAUGUUGUGGAUAUAAACACUGAUCAGUAUGUGAAGAAAGAAGACUGCCAUCGUCCAGUUUCCUCCUUUUAUGAACAAGAGAACGUCGACCACAUUCUGCCCAUCAUGACUCAACCAUUCGACUUCAAGAAGAACAAAUCAGUCAUUCCUGAAUGGCAUGAACAGAUCAUCUUCAAUGAACGCUUUGGACACUUUGUUGAACAAAAUGAAGACAGCCCCAGAACUAUUCUCUUCUUUGAAAUUCUGGACUUCAUAACCAUGGAAGAAGCAAGAGCCAAUGUUGAUGUUGACAAGCAUGAGCGAGGAUUCAGAAAGAUCGCAUGGGCAUUCCUCAAGCUGGUUGGCACAAAUGGUGUGCUGAACAUUGACAGUAAACUUCGCCUCCAGCUCUUCUGUCCUCCACCUCGGGCAAAGAGACAGCCUAAGAAAAUUGAAGUGGUCGAGUGGUGGAGGAUGUACCCUCGAGAAAAAUAUGCAUCCACCCUCUAUGUUACAGUGAAGGGCAUUAAACUACCAGAGCAUGUGGACCCCAGUAUGCGGUCUAUGAUGGCGCUGCAGGAGGAGAGGGGUAGCACCUCCUACAGUGAACUGCAGAAUGAGGUCACCAAGAAAAGCCUUACACAGCAAGUAGAGAGCAAACCACCAGCCUUAAGAUGGAGCAGACUGCCAGGACAGGUCUGUCGGAUUCCUAACAAGCUCAUGCUGUCAUUCCGUGGUGGCCAGAUGGGCUGCUACACAGUGCUUUUCUCUCACGCCGGGACAAUUCUGGCUGCAGCUUGUGCUGACAGAGACGCUUUCCCUGUCGUAGUGUAUGAGAUUCCAUCUGGCAAAGUUUUGGCUGCCUUUAAUGGACAUCUCAAGAUAGUUUAUGAUCUCUGCUGGUCCAGAGACGAUCAAAGUCUUUUGUCCGCCUCCUCGGAUGGAACUGUCAGAGAGUGGAAUGUUGAGAGGCUACAAGGGACAGCCCAGAAGGUGCUCCCUCAUCCAUCCUUUGUGUACUGUGCCCAGUAUCACCCCACUGCCCAGAACCUGGUGGUGACGGGGGGCUAUGAUGCUCUGGUGCGGGUUUGGAGGCUCGAUGUGGAUGAUGUGAAUGGCCAGCUGCUGCAGGAGUUUGAGGGUCACAGCAGUUUCAUCAACACUGUUUGUUUUGACUCAGAAGGAAGCAGAAUGUUCUCUGCAGACAACACAGGCCUUAUCAUUGUGUGGAAAACGCUGGUAAAUGACAGCAAACAGCGUCAGCCGUGUAAUCACUGGAGUGUAGAGAAGAAAAUCAAUGAAAGUGACCUCAAGAGUAUCCCUGUCAACAUGCUGCAGCUCCAUCCGAACGGACGGUGCCUGCUCAUUCAUGCCAAAGACAGUGUCCUCAGGAUGAUGGACUUGAGAAUCCUGGCUGUGAAGAAGUACACCGGAGCCACAAACUAUAGAGAAAGGAUCUAUAGCACUUUCACGCCAUGUGGGAACUUCAUCUUCUCUGGAAGUGAGGAUGGGAUGGCAUAUGUCUGGAAUACUGAUACAGGUGACCAAGUUGCAGUCUACUCUGAGUUUUGUUACCCCACUGCUCUGCAUGGCGUGUCAUUCCAUCCACAUGAAAACAUGGUUGCUUUCUGCGCCUUUGGUCAGAGCCAGCCUGUCCACGUGUACCUGUAUGAUCGCAAAGUUUCCCAAAUGGAGGGGCAUAAUUUAAAAGCAAUGAGCAGAUCAGCAUCAGCCGACACCAGAACCAUGAGAGCCACACCGGACACACCAGGGUUACUAGACACCACGACUUCUUCAGCCAUGGAUCAGUUCGCCCACACAGCAAGGCUUGCAUUAAAAAUGCAGUGUAUUAAGGAGACACUGAAUUCAGUUCUUGAACCAAAUCAGAGGUCCUCAGCUUCUGGAUACAUUUACGAGCAAGGGAAAAUGGGGAUCACUAGUACAGGAAGGAGCUUGACGUCAGGCUCUGGCACAACGGGAUUAAGUGCUUCAUUACCACCUCCGUCCUUCUUGUCUCCGCACUCCAAGCUGCAGCUGUCUGGGUCCCUUGCUGAGCAGUUGAUCCCCCAGGCAGCUCUAAGCACCCAAAACCGUGGAUUCAGUCCAGUGGGUCAGCGUCUUAAAGGGUCUUUCAGGCUGCAGGCCCUUCCUGAUCCCUUUCCCUCAGGCAUCCAAACAGAUACAGAUCCCACUCCUGUUCAACAAGUAGUGGUUGUGCUCUAUGACUACAGAGCUAAUAGAUCUGAUGAACUGACCAUACGCCGGGGUGACAUCAUCCAAGUGCUCUACAAAGACAAUGACAACUGGUGGUUUGGACGUCUGGUUAACGGGCAGCAAGGAUAUUUUCUUGCUUCUUAUGUUGCAGACCAGAGAGAUUACAAGGAAGAAGCAGUUCAAUCUGUGGAUUCACAACCAGGCUUGUCUGAUGGGACUGUGGAGAGGUCAACGCCAACCAGGGUUUCUGCUGCAAUUAGUUCUUCUGGUGAGCUUCGAUUUCUCUCUGAGCCGACACUUUCUGACACUGAGCCUGAGCUGACUACUGCCAGAGCUAGAAGGAAAAAGAAGGUGAAAAAGCCAGGAGUCCCUGCAGCCUCAUCACAGGCCACAUUUUCUGAUGCAGAUGCAACUGAAUUGAGCAGCACCCGGAGGAGAGGCAGAUUCAGUAUCAGACCCCUGCCAAAGAGACCGACGGGUCAGACUAACCGUGCCUUUGAGUCUGAUACGUAAACUCAUAGACACAUCAUGUUUUUAUAAGUAAACUACUUUCAUUUUUUACUCACAUACAUUUUAAUGCCAAUAAACUGCAGAUUGUUUGAAUUUUUAUUGCUUUGUUUUUCUACAUAUUUAAAAGCUUUGUAUGUUUGUUUGCUAUAUUUACUUAUUAUGGACUUAUGAAUGAAAUGUUGAUUUUGCUACUUAAAAUGAAAGUAAUGAUAUUUUUCUGUAUAUUUUACGUAUCUGAUGUGGUAAAUAUAAACGGAUUAUCUUUAUUUUAAGACAUGAUACCGUUAUACCAUAUUUACAUUUUGUAUAAUAUUGUACAAAUGUUCUAUUUGUUUUAUGGCUUUCAAAGGUUUAACAUUUUUAUUGUGAUUAAUCUCAGAAUUACUGUGGUAAAUCAUGAUUAAUCCAAACUCUUUUAUCAGAUUUUAAAAUUCCACUAUUUUUGUGUCAGUUUUUAUUUUUCUGUCCUAACCUAAGCGUGAUUGACUUUCUGUUUGGAUAGAGACGUGCUUUUAUAGGAAAAGGGACUUGUUAUAGAUUGAAAAGGGAAUAAGGGGCCAGUAAAACGGUGACUUUUUACUUCUCCAAUGAACUGUCUGUGAGUUUUUUUAAAGUGAAACGAGAUAUUAAGGAGCAGUGUUGGUCUUGUUUUACAUCACUGAGGCUGCAGGGAGAUGCUGACGUAGAUUAAACAAAGUGUUGAAAGAGCGAUAAAGCAUGCAAUUGCAUUUCAAUUGAAAAAAAUUGCCUUGAUAAUUGUGAUUAAUGUUAUUAAUUCCAACAGGCAUAGUUUGUAUACACUUUCCAAAAAUAAAAAAAUGUUCAGUUUUCAAACUUUUUUAUUCUCAUAUUUGUAAUUACUUUAACUCUCAGGUGGUGUAAAGGAAAUUGUUACACUCAGGGUGAUGG